AUGUCCGACCUCAAUGGAAUGGUAGACCCAAAGAUCUUUGAAGACCUACAAACCAAGAUUGAUGAAGAUGCCGAAGUAAGAGAUCAAAUCAAAGCUAUUUUGCAAACAUUGGAGAGGCAGUGUAGAAAUGCCCAAUCAGUUUUAUCUCGAGCGCAUUCGACACCAGCUUCUCACUUGCAGCCAGUUCUCGAGUCUGCAGAGAAAGCUAUAAAAGAAGAAGUUGAGAGUAUUCAAAAGCUUGCAAGCGUUGCUUCAAAUUAUCCAUAUUACAAAUAUAAUGGAAUCUGGACAAGAGAUGUGCAGAAUGUGAUCUUUGCCAUACUCCUCUGCGGAUGGCUGGGUGGAUUGGCCAAGGACGGAAAGCCCGUUGAAUCAGGAAGACUUCUCACAAUUGAGGAAGUAGGAGAGAUUCUUCAAGUUCCAGUCAAUCUCAAAGACCGAGACGCUUUCCACAUUAGCAUUGAAGAAUACCUCCUCUCCCUCAUCUCCUUGAUCGAAGAGCUUUCACGACUAGCUAUCAAUUCCGUUACUCUUGGAGAUUAUCAGAGACCUCUACAAAUCAGUCAAUUCGUUAAGGAUUUACAUGCCGGAUUCCAAAUCUUGAAUUUGAAGAAUGAUGUUUUGAGGAGAAGAAGUGAUGGUAUCAAAUAUAAUGUGAAAAAGAUUGAAGAUAUUGUGUAUGAUCUUUCAUUGAGGAAUUUGGUGGCUAGACCCGAGUCUACAUCUUGA